AUGGCCUUCCUUGUGGAGGUGAGCCUGCUGGUCCUCGACUGCCUGGACUUGAGAGAAUGCGGUGACAGAGUCCUGGAGAUUGCUUCAAGGCACCUUCAGAGCGAGUGCCCAGAGAGGCGUCGCCUGGCACUCAGAGCUCUUGUGGUGCUGAGCAAAGAUCGUGCAAUGGCUGAUGGCAUGCGGACCCUGACGAAAAUCCUCAUGGAUGUACUAUUGGAUGCAGACAGAGAGCUGGUCGGGAUGGCCCUCUCUGUAUUCAUUAAUGAAGUUGAGGACAGAGAUGUCCUAAUCUACACCCCCACUGCCCUGCAACUGGCUGAGGCAGUCCAGACACUCUUUAGCGAUGACAACAUCCGUGUGCAACUGCUCUCCAUUCACCUCUUCCGAAAGGUGAUGGAGCUGGUAGUGGAUGAGGGAAAACCAUCCUUGAAGAAACAUGUGAUCCAGAGCCUGCUCCCACUUUUUUUCCAAUGGCAUAAUGAGAACCAGCAAGUGGCAGAAGCCUCUCAGAAAGCGCUUCUUCGUGCAGCCUGGUUUCUGAAGAGGAAGGAUCUCGAGCAGCUGCUGAAGACAGAGCAGCCAUUAAAAUUUGGCGAGUGCCUGGUAAGGACGGCCCUGAAGCCCCAGUCCCCGAUGGCCCGA